UGAUAAAUGUCAGUGAUAAAUAAUCACUUACUUUAUUCUCUCCUGUUCGGGUAAACACUAAAACAAGUAGUUUAAUUGGUUUAAACCAGUCAGGCACGUAUAAAAAGUGUUUUAAGUGGUUUCCGGACAUUUCUUGGCGGCUGCUGAGCAACGUCAAUCCGGGGCUGUUUUUACACAGUCUAUGAUCCGUGGGCUGGCGUUUCGAGAUACUCUCACACGCACGCGCAGCGCGCACAAGCGUAAUAUGAUUAGAGCCUCUAUUAGCUCAGCGCGCGCACAGCUGAGUGGAGCGACGGCGACGAAGCGCGGUCUUCACACGCGCCGCCGAAGAGAUGCGAAUAAUUUCUGGCGCAGUUUUUCUUACACCGAGCCACUUUUUUACACUGAGGAACAUUUCUCGGAUGGUUUAAUAAGUCUGUGGGUCGUGUUAGGGUUUUUCCACUAAGAUGCAAAAAUGACAAAAAAUGUCACUUUUGUCUUUAGUUAUAUGGAAAAAAUGAACUGCCAUCAACCAAAAACAUAAUUUCAGUUUGUGAGAGGAAGAGAUUGUGAUUCUCAACAAUGGGGUGUCUCAACAAUUCAACCAAUGUGACAGAUACGCCAUACACCCUGCUGGUGGCCCUUCCUAUGAGCAUCCUGGUGGGGUUCUUCAUCCUCGUCAUUGUCUUUGGCAAUGUCCUGGUGAUCAUCGCAGUGUUCACGAGCCGAGCUCUCCGGGCUCCUCAGAACCUGUUCCUGGUGUCUAUGGCCUCCGCUGAUAUAUUGGUGGCUACACUGGUGAUGCCGUUCUCGUUGGCGAAUGAGUUGAUGGGCUGCUGGGCCUUUGGGCGGGUUUGGUGCGAAAUCUACCUGGCCUUGGACGUUCUCUUCUGCACGGCCUCGAUCACUCACCUGUGCGCCAUCAGUCUGGACAGAUACUGGUCAAUUACGCAAGCCAUCGAGUACAACCUGAAGCGCACACCACAACGAAUCAAGUGUAUUAUUGUUAUAGUUUGGAUCAUCGCCGCCGUGAUCUCCUUCCCGCCUCUGAUAACCAUGAAGAAGGAAGAGGGGGCAACCUGCAAAAUCAAUGAAGAAAAAUGGUACAUCAUUUCCUCUUCCAUUGGUUCGUUUUUCGUGCCUUGCAUCAUCAUGAUCCUCGUGUACAUCCGAAUUUACCAGAUCGCCAAGAAGAGGACCAGAGCGCCACCUGGGGACCGGAUGAUAAAGGAAGCGGGCAAGAAGGAGGACGAUCUGGAGAGGGAUCCCCAUGAGAAGCUCAAUGGGGAUCCCAACCCUAAACCAGACGAGGACAUGGAGGAAUCGUCCUCCUCGGACCACAAGGUCUCUAACCCCUGCUCCCUCAAGAAGAAGAGCUCCAAAGGAAAGACUAAGCGGAGCCAAAUCAAACCGGGGGACGGCGACAAGAGCGAGGUCCUUCAGACCACCAAGACCAGCAGGUGGAAGGGCCGCCAAAACCGGGAAAAGCGCUUCACGUUCGUCUUGGCGGUGGUCAUAGGCGUGUUCGUCAUCUGCUGGUUCCCGUUUUUCUUCACCUACACAUUGACGGCGUUUUGCGAAGAAUGCGUGCCAGAACCACUUUUCAAGUUUUUCUUCUGGUUCGGCUACUGCAACAGCUCCCUCAAUCCCAUCAUAUACACCAUCUUCAAUAAUGACUUCCGAAGAUCCUUCAAGAAGAUCCUCUGCCGCAGAGAUAACAGGAGAGGGGUGUGAAUUGGGUUGCUGCUUUUUUUUUUCUUCCCUCGUUCCUUUAUCCAAUGUAAUACACCACCUGGCGUUUAUGGGAAGUCCCUGUGUACAGUAAGCCAACAUGUUAUGUGUCAUUAUACAACAAGUCCGAAGAGGCGAAAAAAAGACUCUUGCAUGCUUUGUUCACAUGCAACAAUGCAUGGUUAUGCAAUUACAGCACAAUGCAUAUUCAUCCGUUUCUGAAGUGUAUUGUUGUAUCGUUCUUGAUAUACAGUGAGUGAUGUCGUUUCAUAACUGGUAUUUUAUCAUCUGGAGGGACGUAUUCGAAGACAAUGCAGCAUUCUCAAACCACGCUGGAUGUUGUUCAAAAUGUGAAAAACAAUUCAAAACGGACUACAAACUUGCCGUUCAAACUUCUUCUUAAUGUGCUGCAGAACUGUCAAACUACGCUCAAAAAUGCAUGUUGAUGUGUUCUUGCAGGGCUUGUAUAUAUUAUACUGUAUAAUUAAUUGUGAAAGUGUUGACAUUGUUUGGUGAACUAAUUGUCUUUUUUUAUCCCUGCCUGUAACGGUUCGCUUAAAAUCUCGCUGUGGACCAUUAGGCAAAAAGAUGUUGAGCCCGUCUGACUGGAACCUGACAGGCCAGUGUCACAACAGAUUUCUCCGGCUUCUAAUGUAGUUUAUAUCUGUCACCAUGGAUAUAAUGGAUGGGUCUUUAGUACCACAACACAAGGGAUGUUUACAGUCUGUGACUAAUAAACUGUGUGUAAAAACAGGCUGCUGGUUUAGCUGGAGAAUUUGUAGAAAUUCACAACAAAAGAAAGCUGAAUAUUCAGCAAGACAACAGAGUUUCACUCUAAAAAAUGCUGGGUUAAAUACAACCCAGCACUGGGUAAAAUAUGGACCAACCCAGCACUGGGUAAAAUAUGGACCAACCCAGCACUGGGUAAAAUAUGGACCAACCCAGCACUCGGGUUGUUUUUGACCCAGCGGUUGGGUUACUGCCCAGAAGGUUGGGUUGAACAUUUAACCCAGCUAUUGGUUAAAAACAACCCAAUCGCUGGGUUCGUCCAUAUUUAACCCAGCAUUUAUUAGGGUCAAGGUGAGGUCAGGCCUCUCACAGUGCUGUUUUUUGUUUUCCUCUCGGGAUGUGGGGAUGACCUUAGAUAUCAAGUUGUAGAGAGAUGGAGCGAAUGUCCGGUCCAGUGCUAAAAUGGUUGAAAAGAAAGGUCAUGAAUGACAUCUACAAACUACCUGUCACUGUGCGUUAUUGCCAUGUCUGAAAACCCUUAUCAUGAUGUAUGACAGGUUUCGAUAUAUUGGCUGUUUUCUGGUUGUGCUCUCAACGUGUUUAACCACUGAGGUCUGAAAAAAAUUGUGUUUGCACACACAAAGAGAGAAAACACUCAAAAAUAAAAAGAAAAGUGCAGAG